GCACUACGACCUUUGCUAUUGGAAACAAACUUCCCACUAGAUCAGUGGAAAGUUACCUCCCACUGGCUUAGUGGAAACCACUGUGACGAUUAGAUGCGAGGCCAAUCGAGAGGAUUCUUGUGACAGCAAUAAUAAACUUGAAGCUGGCACCACUACCAUCAUCAAACUAUCGUUUAUUAAAUUAAAUCUCAGGACAAGUAUGCCUCCCAACGAGCUUCACAAACUGACGCCGCCGCAGCCAGGCGUCAACCCCGUCGAGCUUGCGUGCGCUCGCGCAGUCGCGGCUUUCUGGUCGCGGCUGAUGCAGUUCGCGCAGCUCGGCGUGCCCCAAAAGGGCUGGGAUGGUAUUGACGCCGCUCACCCCAUCCUGGCGGUGGUGAACGGUGAAAUGCUGUGCGCGUUGCUGCAAGCUAUGGAGCUGGAGGCUUGAAAGGGAUUAGCCCUUAGGAGAAGCGCGUGAGCACUAACAUGAGCCACUAAAGCAGUGGCAUACGAGAGGGUCAGCGGGGGAGCUUAGUGGGCAGGCGAGGGGUUUUUUGUUUUACGCCCGUGGGAGCAGGGCCAGGUUUGUGGGGUUUUAUGCCUGAGAGGGUGUAUUGGGUGCUGCAGCACCCCGGGCCUUACGGCCUGGACCGGCCUAGUGGCCAGACGCGUUUGUGGCUGCCCUUAGGCAUAGUCUGCCCUGGCGUCGAGAGCUGGUUAGGUUGCGGUUGAGGUCGUGCAGGCUGCGGGGUCGUAGGACUCAGCCCCGCAGCCACUGUGGUCGUGCUAUCGCGUGCUGUCGCGUGCUGCGUGCUGCGUGUUUUGGUAUAUGUUUGCUGUUUGUGUUUUCUGCCCGCCUGGUCUUUAAGAGGUAGCUCGCCCGCUGGGUCUGAGGUUGUUACACCGGUAGUAAUUACGCAAGGAUUACUGGCGCGGUGAAGGGUCGGGGUGCGUUACCCUGUCACCCUGUGGACUCCAGAGCUGUUUGCGCUCUGCCGGGGAAACGCCAGGUCACGGCAGCCGUCGUUUGAGAGCCCUGUCGUUGGUUAUACCAGAUACACGA